AUGGGGACCAAAAUCCUGCUGGGAAUGGGGAGUACCUGCGCAGAUCUCGGAGCUGACGUCUCGGAGCCGGCGCAGCUGCAGCAGCUGGAGCAGCUCCGGGGCUACAACCUGGAGCAGGAGAUGAGGAGCCUCAGGGACCUGCUGGAGGCCACCCCGUCCCCGGUGGUCUUCUGCCACAACGACGUGCAGGAGGGGAACAUCCUGCUGCUGGCGGGGCGCGAGGGCUCCUCGGACAGCCUCAUGCUCAUCGACUUCGAGUACAGCAGCUACAACUACCGGGGCUUUGACCUGGGCAAUCACUUCUGCGAGUGGGUUUACAGCUACAGCCGCGAGGGCUGGCCCUGCUUCCAGGCACGCCCCGAGCACUACCCCAGCCGCCAGCAGCAGCUCCAUUUCAUCCGGCACUACCUGCGGGAGCGCAGGGGCGGGCGGGGCCCGGCGCGGCGGGAGGAGGAGGAGGGAGGAGGAGGAGGAGGAGGAGGAGGAGGAAGAGCUGCUGCGGGAGAUCGAGCGCUUUGCCCUGGCCUCCCACUUCUUCUGGGGGCUGUGGUCCGUGGUGCAGGCCAAGAUCUCCACCAUCCACUUCGGCUACCUGGACUACGCCCAGAGCCGUUUCCAGGCUUAUUUCCAGCACAAGGCUCGCUGCUCCUGAGGGGAUCCCCCAAAUCCUGCCCCCCCCAGGCCCCCCCCCCCCCUUUGGGGGGCGUUGGGACGGUUUGGGGGGUUCACAACGGUUUGGGGGGCCCUGACAGUUUGGGGGGGGGGGGGCACCACAACGGUUUGGGGGGGGCUGAGACCCGGGACCACCCCCACCCCCCCGGGAAGGGUGGGAUUUGGGGGCCGUGGGGACCCCCAAAUCCGCACCCCUGGCCAGUAUCGGGGGUUUGGGGUGGGUCUGGGGGGGUUUUGGGGUGUCGCAGAGGGGGUGGGGGACCCCUGUUUGUACCUCAGUGCCCCCCGCCCGCAGAUCUGGGGCCGGGGGGCUCCCGGGGCCCCCCCGUUCCGACAGCAGAAUGUAAAAGUCAGACCAAUAAAGCCGCGCUGGGGCCGGCGCUCGAGUCCUCCUUCCCAAAUCCCGAGCCGCCGUCCCGCGGAGCCGCGGCCCCCGCGCUGCCCACGCAGGUACCGGGCCCCGGGGAGGGGGCGCGCACGGGACCCACGCGCGGGGAGCCCCGCGGGGGCGGCGGCAGCGCGGGGGGAACCCCCGGGGACACGGGGCAGGGGUACAGCGUGUGCCAGGCGCUGGGGUCCGGCAGGUCCGGGCUGUCCCCGAUGUCCCCUCUGGGGCCGCGCUGGCGGCGGUGA